UCUGCAUUUGCUCCUUUUGCCAAAGGAAAAAGCAACACUGCCUGCCAAGUGAGUGGAUGGUCCACCUACUCCUCUCACUCAACUGCUGUUAGUUGCCUACUUGUCAACUAUAACUGGCCAAUGUCUGGACCAGCAUUCACUGAAGAUACAAACAAGAUGCCUGUAAGGGGAAACACAUAUAAAAUUUUUGUUGGAAACUUAAGUGACCGAGCAUCUGGUUCAGACCUUAGAGAGCUGUUCGAACAACAUGGUACUGUUGUUGAAGCCGAUGUUGUAAAAAACUAUGGAUUUGUACACAUGGAGAAAGAAGAUGAAGGCCGCUCUGCUAUUCAAGCUCUAAAUGGACAUAACCUGUAUGGAAAAGCAAUGGUUGUAGAAGCUUCCACUGGUGCUAGAAAAGGAGGUAAUCAGAAGACAAAGAUUUUUGUUGGCAAUCUGCAUAAGGACACAAAAUUGGAAGAGCUUCGUAAUUUAUUUGAAACUUAUGGAGAAGUUGUAGAGGCUGAUAUCCUUACCAAUUAUGCAUUUGUGCACAUGGGCGAUGAAGCUAGAGCUCAAAGAGCCAUCCGUGAAUUAGAUGGAUAUGAAUUACAUGGUCUACGCUUGAGAGUUCAAGAGUCAACGUCACGUGUUAGGCAACAAGCUGGCAUGGGAAAUCCUGACAUGUGCUACCGCUGUGGCUCUGGUGGACACUGGUCCAAAGAAUGCCCAAGAGAUGGACGCAUGGGCUCCAGAUAUCCUGAGCGGGAAAGAGGUAGUGGUAGAAGUUUCAGUAGCCGUUAUGACCCAUAUCCACCCCCACCUCCACCAAGUUAUGCAAGAGAACGUUUACUACGAUUUAGGGAGGAAUUUGAUACAUACGACAGAUACGAUAGAUACUUUGAAGUUUAUGAAAGAAGAUAUGGGGAACAUCCGCCCCCACCCCCUCCAAUGCUUGACGAUAUAUAUGAUCGCCGUCUCCCACCAUUACCUCCUCCUCACCCAGAUUAUCUUCGUUAUGGUCGUCGGUCUCCUCCACCAAGAAGAUGUGAUCCCAUUCUCACUUUUAAAGAUGAUACCCCUCCAGAAAUUUACCUCACAUGAGGUUCCCCCCUCCACCACCUUUGAGAAGUUACGGCCCAUCUGACCGCCGGCCGUACUAAGCGCGCGAAGUACGUCGGGAGCACCGCCACCAUAACAUCGAUUGUUGGUGUUGGCGCGGUAGAGUGGCAUCAAUGUAUUUGUAUUGUCACGGUAUUGUUCGUACCGGAUCCGUAGUGCCGCCGUGUCCACGCCGUGCCGCGCUGCUCUAGAGACCUGAAAUGGGCAAACGAGGCUCACUCAUGCAAUAUCUGUGGGCAUUACUUUAUUAUCAAUGUCAUUUCGAAUAUUGAGUAUUUACUGUAAUAUUGUAGCUGUUGUAGAAUCGAUCUGACAACCAGAAAAUAUUUGUGUAGGGAGUACUGUUUACAUUGCCUUAUUUUGUCAUUUUUGGU